GAAUUUUACUAUGAAAUAUAAGCGAGCUGGGAAGAAGCCUCCACAAGCUGAGAGAUUUGCUAAGAACCAUCAUAUUAGACACAAUCGGGUCAAGAGAUUUUCAAGAAUGGACGAGCCUUUGGUUGAUAACCUCUUCGAACAAUGCUCUUUUUAUUGAGAAAGUGUCGAUAAGCAAGAAUGGGAGACAACAAGGAAUCAGGUGAAGACUCAGCCAAUGAUUUCUAGAAAAGAAAAUCUGAAUAAAACUUUUAAGACUAAAAAUAAGAGCACAAGUCGUCAGAGCGAACUGAAGAAAGUAUCUUCAUUGUCUUCAAAAACAUUUCAAGUCAAAGAGCCGAAUCACAGUCUCCGUUCUGUUGGUAGAAUGGGCAUGAAAAGCCCUUUCCGAACUAAGCUAGCCAUCAAAUAAUGGACAAUAUUUAAAAAUGUCAAAAGGAGUUAUGAAAAGUUCUGUUAACAAUAUUAUGAAAAAUAAAGAGACCAAUGCAAUUGCGAAUUUUACUCAAAGUCAAAGCGUUUCCAUAAUCUCUGCUGCACAGAAGGAGAACUCUGAAAAGCUUUUAGAUGUUUCCAAUAAUUCCAGUACAAUUCGAUUAGUCAGCGAAUCAGAAAGUUCAGCUUCGAUAUGCAAUUCUAAUGACUAUCGCUCCAGUGAAUAUAAGAAGGAAAUCUCUAUAAAGCAAAAAUAUGGCUCCAGAAAGAUCAGGAAAAAGGUAGAUAUUGAUCAGCAGCCUUUCAACAGGUCUCAAAGGAUUAAAGAUAUGGUCGCAAACCCCAUAAUUGAUCUCAAACUUGUGAAGAAAAUGUCUGAUAUUACUGAAUAUCGCCGAGGCAAGGGCACCAACCUAGAGACUGAGCCGUUAGAGUCGAAGAGAAACAAAUUUGACGGUGUAUUCACACCUAAAGAAGACGAUACUUUCUCUAACAGAGUCACUACCUUGGACAUUUGAAAUGAAAACUCUAAUGACUCAAUUGUUGUGGAAACACCCAUGGCUUGUGGUAAGGGAGACAAAAUGGUCAGCUCCCUUAUCAAGCCUUUGAGAAGAGAGAACUAUCGCAAUCAGAUCAUGCCUUCUAAGGUUGAAGUUCCAGUCGAGGAUUUUCAGACCCCUUCUAAGAAAAUGGGUACUGCUAAAAAAUGAGAGUCAGCUAGCUGAAAUAAGAACUCUCUUGCUUUGGAAACCUUACGAGAGAACAAUCUUAAGGAUAGAAAAAUUGCAGCUUUGGAGGAUAAAAUCAACCAGCUCCAGAUGGAAAACGGUGAUUUAAGACAGCUUUUGAACAGAUUUAUGGUCUUAAAGCUCGAAGAGUAAUUAAUCAUAUAAACCCUCAAUUUUCCUGA